AUGACCGCUCAUACCACCCGCAUCGGCUUCGUAGGCCUAGGCAACAUGGGCUACGGUAUGGCCACCCAGCUCGCGUCCAAGGGCUUCCAAGUUACGGGCUACGACUUGCGUGCUCAGGUAGUGCAGGACCUGGCAGCCAAAACAGGAGCAAAGGCAGCCUCAAGUCAGCAUGACGCUUGCCAUGAUCAAGCCGCACUCAUCGUCAUGACGCAGAAUAUUGACCAAGCACGCAUGGUGCUCCUCGGCGAAUCCUCAGAUGGGGGCUCAUCCGACAACCCCAUCUCAGCCCUGCAAAAGGACGCCGUCAUCAUUCUCAUGUCCACUGUCAGUCCUCAAGACUCUCGCGCCCUCGCAGAGCAGAUCAACAAGAUUAGACCCGAUUUGGGCUUCAUAGACGCACCAGUCUCGGGUGGUUCACCGGGAGCAAACAGCGGCACACUAACGAUCAUGGCAUCCGGGUCUCCAUCGCACUUCACCAAGGUCAAGGCCGUCCUCGAAGCCAUGGGGGACAAGGUGCACCAUGUUGGUCACGAAGUAGGGCAAGGGCAAAGCAUGAAGGCUAUCAAUCAAGUCCUCUGCGGCGUUCAUCUGGUAGCCGCAGCAGAAGCGCUCAGUAUGGCCAAGGCGAGCGGCAUUGACCCUGCUUUGGCAUUGGGCGUGGUGAGGAACUCGGCGGCAGGAAGUUGGAUGCUGAGCAAUCGAGCGCAAAGGAUGUUGGAGGAAGAGCCUCAAUGCGCUUCGUCCGUGGCGACGUGGAGCAAGGACAUGGGCAUCGUUAUGGACGUAGCCAGGGGUCAGCAUGUCCACGCCCCCUUGGCAGCGGUCGCGGCUCAGCAGUUCAAUGCGGCAAUGGCCCGAGGUCUCAAGGAUGAAGACGAUACAACUCUGAUCAGGCAGUACGACUUUCUCAAUGGCAACGAUCGCCGUUGA